UGUGACGCACUUCCGGCGCUCUAAGAGAGGAAAAUGGCUGCAUCCCAGCAGCAGGCUUCAGCGGCUUCCUCAGCUGCUGGGGUGUCAGGUCCGGGUUCGACUGGUGGCCCGGGUCCCCAACAGCAGCAGCAACCGCCGGCACAAUUGGUGGGACCUACCCAGAGCGGGCUUCUGCAACAACAGCAACAGGACUUCGACCCUGUACAGCGCUAUAAGAUGCUCAUCCCGCAGCUGAAAGAGAGUCUGCAGACCUUGAUGAAAGUUGCAGCCCAGAACUUGAUUCAGAACACUAACAUUGAUAACGGACAGAAGAGCAGCGAUGGACCCAUACAGCGCUUUGACAAGUGCCUGGAAGAGUUCUAUGCCCUCUGUGACCAGCUGGAGCUCUGCCUGCGCCUGGCGCACGAGUGCCUGUCACAGAGCUGUGACAGUGCCAAGCACUCUCCAACGUUAGUGCCCACAGCCACCAAGCCUGAUGCCGUGCAGCCUGACAGCCUGCCAUACCCACAGUACCUGGCUGUCAUCAAAGCCCAGAUAGCCUGUGCCAAGGACAUUCACACCGCCCUGCUGGAGUGUGCCAACAAGGUCACAGGCAAGACGCCCACGCCAGCUACUGGCCCUGGGGGCACCCUGUGAGGUGGCUUGGCAAUGAGGGUGGGGUUAGGGUGAAUGAAGUGUGGUUUAAACUAAA